AUGGAUCCCAACCGAAUAAUUCAGGCUCUAAGAGGGACUAUCGAUCCAAAUAUGAGAAGAAGGGCCGAAGAUGAACUCAAUCAGUCCUACAAGAUCAUCAAUUUUGCACCAACUCUGCUUCAGAUCAUCACAUCAGAGCAGGUGGAGUUUCCAGUUCGGCAGGCAGCGGCUAUCUAUCUGAAGAACAUGAUUAGCCAGUACUGGCAGGACAGAGAGCCUUCCCUGGGAAAAGUAGUGUUUCCUUUCAAUAUUCAUGAAAAUGACCGCCAGCAGAUUAGAAACAACAUUGUUGAGGGGGUUAUCCGUUGUCCUGACUCCAUACGAGCCCAGCUGACCAUGUGUCUUCGAACGAUCAUCAAACACGAUUUCCCAGGACGCUGGACUAACAUAGUGGACAAGUUAAACUUGUACUUGCAGUCGAACAACAGUGCUAGCUGGUAUGGUAGCCUGCUCGCGCUUUACCAACUGGUCAAAACAUAUGAGUACAGGAAAGCUGACGAGAGGGAGCCGUUGCUUACGGCAAUGCAGAUAUUUCUCCCAAGGAUGCAGCAACUCAUCAUCCAGCUGCUAGCAGAUGCGACAGUCUUCUCGGUUCUAAUUCAAAAACAGAUUGUUAAAAUAUUCCAUUCUCUCAUACAGUACUCGCUGCCUCUUCAGCUGAUCAACAAUACAGUGAUGACACAAUGGAUGGAAAUCUUUCGAGCUAUAAUGGACCGUGAUGUUCCUGUUGAAACUUUGAAACUGGAUGAAGAUGACCGUCCAGAAUUAUCAUGGUGGAAAUGUAAGAAAUGGGCACUGCGCGUUAUUACCAGACUGUUCAAGCGGUAUGGAAGUCCGGGCAAUGUGACAAAAGAGUACUUGGAGUUUGCAGAUUUCUUCUUGACGACAUAUGCAGUGGGCUUACAGCAAGUCUUGUUGAAAGUAUUGGAUCAAUACAGACAGAAACAGUACGUUACUCCUCGAGUCCUCCAGCAGUCUCUUAACUACCUCAACCAGGGGCUUUCCCAUUCUCUGACAUGGAAACAGAUGAAGCCCAACAUGCAGACUAUUUGCCAGGAGGUGAUAUUCCCUCUUAUGUGUUAUAAAGAUGAGGACGAGCGUUUGUGGCAAGAAGACCCGUUUGAAUACAUCCGCAUGAAGUUUUACCUCUACGACGAUCACGCCCUUCCAGCCACCGCUGCGCAGAGCCUUUUGUGCAAUGCUGCGAGAAAGAGAAAGGAGGUUUUGCCUCAAAUGAUGGAGUUCUGCUGUCAAAUACUGAUGGAUCCCACAUGUGACUGCCGAAGGAAAGACGGAGCAUUGCACUGCAUCGGAGCACUCGCCGACCUACUACUCAAGAAGCAGAUUUACAAGGAGCAGUUGGAGUUGAUGCUGCAAAACUAUGUCUUCCCAUUGCUCAACUCUCGAUUGGGUUACUUGCGAGCCAGGUCGUGCUGGGUCCUCCACUGUUUCAGUCAGUUGAGUUUCCACAACGCGGUGGCUUUGAGGAACGCCGUGGAGUUAGUCCGGAAGGACCUGGUGGACGAAAAUGAAAUGCCAGUCAAGGUGGAGGCGGCCAUUGCUUUACAGUUGUUGGUCAGCAAUCAGGAAGAGGCAAAGCUAUACAUCCGGCCGUACGUCCGAGCCGUUAUGCAGGAGCUGCUACGCGUCGUCAAAGAGACGGAGAGUGACGAUUUGACAAACGUCAUUCAGAAAAUGAUCUGCGAGUACAGCGAAGAUGUUGCAGUCAUCGCUGUUGACAUGACACAGAACCUGGCGGAGAUCUUUAACAGGGUUCUUCAGAGCGAUGAAUAUGAGGAGGACGAGGACAAGACGGUCACGGCUCUUGGCAUUCUGAGCACCAUCGACACCAUUCUCACGGUUGCUGUGGACCACAAAGAGAUCACUCAACAACUGGAAGUUAUCUGUUUGCAGUUGAUUGGACUUGUCUUGCAGAAAUCUAUCAUAGGUAUGUCAGAAUUCUAUGAGGAGAUUUUUUCUCUGGCAUUUGGACUUACGUGCCAGACCAUCUCCCCCCAGAUGUGGCAGCUGCUCAGCGUUCUAUAUGAGGUCUUUCAGCACGACUGCUUUGACUACUUCACUGAUAUGAUGCCACUUUUACAUAACUACGUCACAGUGGACACAGAUGUCUUCUUAUCCAACCCCAAGAACUUGGAGAUAAUCUUCAGGAUGUGCAAAAAGGUUCUGAUUGCAGAUUCGGAUGAAGAAGCAGAGUGUCAUGCUGCUAAACUCUUGGAAGUGAUUAUACUGCAGUGCAAAGGAAGAGGAAUAGACCAGUGCAUCCCUCUGUUUGUGGAGGCGGUACUAGAGCGUUUGACACGCGGCGUCAAAUCCAACAAGCUUCGGAUCGUGUGCCUGGAAGUGGCGAUCGCUGCUCUUUACUACAGUCCGGCUCUUCUCAUGCACACUUUGGAGAACGCGCACCUCUCCCAAAAUCAAAAGUCCGUCACCGCCCACUUCAUCAACCAGUGGAUGAACGACACAGAGUUCUUCCUCGGGCUCCAUGACCGUAAGCUGUGCAUCAUCGGCUUGACCGUGCUGAUGGAGCUUCCGAGCCGUCCGACGGCGCUGGAGAGUGUCGUCGAUCAAAUCCUUCCUUCAGUACUGCUGCUCUUUUUGGGCCUCAAACACUUGUCCGCUUCGCAUCACAUCAACAGAGCGGACCGGCUAACCCACUCGAAGGCUAUGGAUGAAGAUCAAAUCCAGGAGAUUCCCAGCGAUGAGGAUGAGGUGAAUGAGGAAUGCGGUGUCACGCAGCAGCAGUCCAGCGAGCCAAUGGGUCUCGGAGAUGAGAGUAAUGAUGAUGAUGACGAAGACUGGGAUGAGGGGAAUUGCUUUGAAGGAACACCACUGGAAGAAUACAGCACUCCCCUCGACUAUGACAACGGAGAAGACGAAUAUCAGUUCUUUGCAUCUGCUCUGCUAAGGGUGCAGAAUACAGAUGCGGCUUGGUACCAGUCUCUGACUGCCACCCUCAGUCAUGACCAGAAAGCCCAACUGCAGGAGAUUUACAGCAUCUCACAACAAAGAAGGAGUAAUGCCAGCAAAGGUCAAUAA